CAUCCGUCAAGGCUCCGUAUACUUUACGGAAUAAACCGAAGUAAAUGUUUUCCAAUGCUGUGUAAUAUCAAACUGAAAGUAGGCAACGCAGGUUGGCAUUUUGCAGUUCUUGUAAUAACGGUUUUGGUGGCUUACUGUUGCAUGACCACACUCGGCGGCGUUUUCCGACGGACAUUUGGCGCUAUGGCUAGCAAUUACGUCGCAGGCACGCAUUCCAUGGCCUUUGUCACCGUCCCCGACAUUGCCGUCGGCAAGAAACUCGCGCAUGGAAUCGUCAAGGGGAGACUAGCCGCCUGUGUCAACAUCAUCCCGUCCGUCACAUCAGUUUAUGAAUGGGAGGGUAAAGUGGAGGAGGACUCUGAACUGAUUCUGAUGAUUAAAACAACAACCGAACGCAUUCCCGAACUUUCUAAGUUUGUCCGGGAAAACCACCCAUAUGACUGCGCUGAAGUGAUCAGUUCCAAAAUUGACGAUGGCAACGAGCCUUAUCUUAAAUGGAUCGGAGAGACUGUGAGCAAGCCCGUCAUUAAUGACGUCGAUAGUGGCGGGGAUACCGGAUCUGACGUAAAGAAGGCGAACUGACUGUGCCAUUUUAUGCCAUGAUAAGCUCACUCUCGAACACAAUCGUGGUACAUGCAGUGUACAUUAUAUAAAUGUAUCCUAUAAAUCUCAAAGGUGUAAUGUCAGUUCAUGCACUUUAUGAACGAAUAGUUAUCUGUUACUGUUUUCAUGUGUUAAUCAUAUGUGCUAAAGAUUUUUUUAAAUCUUGCCGACACUGCAAACUGAAAGCUUUUGUUUUAAAACUCAGUAGGGUGGCGUUUUUAUCUUUAAAUCUGUGCCCUAUAGUUCUGACACCAUUCCGUUAUCUUGGAUCACAUUAAAACACGCUGCCCUAUUGUAAUUGCUGACAAAAAGUGGGCCUUGAUGGAUAUAACGAUAAAUUAUUAUAUUUGAAGUAUUCACAUCGAUCACGGCUUAGUUGUGUGUGUUGAACAAUCAUUCCAUGAUGUCUAAGUGUUGAAAAUGUGGUAUUUAAUUUGAACUCUUUCCAAAAGAGUAUUGUAAAACUUCAAUUGGCAUUUCAGUACAUGUACCUAUUGUCUGUGUGUCAUUAAUGAAUGCAUGUCUAUCUCAUAGUUGGUUUAGGUGUUUUUUAAUGCCCCCGAAGGUGGGCAUAUUAAAAUCGCACCGUCCGUCCGUCCGUCCGUCCGUCCGGGUCUGUAACUUUCCCUUGUAUGGACAGAUUUUAAAAUAACUUGCCACAUGUGUUCCACAUACCAAGACGACGUGUGGCGUGCAAGACUCGUGUCCCUACCUCAAAAGUCAAGGUCACACUUAGUGUUUAUUCACAAUGGAGUGCUGCAUAUAAGGACAUAGAGUAUAGGUUGUCGUGUCCGGGCUGUAACUUUCCCUCGUAUGGACAGAUUUUAAAAUAACUUGCCACAUGUGUUCCACAUACCAAGACGACGUGUCGCGUGCAAGACCCGUGUCCCUACCUCAAAGGUCAAGGUCACACUUAGUGUUUAUUCACAAUGGAGUGCUGCAUAUAAGGACAUAGAGUAUAAGUUGUCGUGUCCGGGCUGUAACUUUCUCUUGUAUGGACAGAUUUUAAAAUGACGUGCCACAUGUGUACCACAUACCAAGACGACGUGUCGCGUGCAAGACCCGUGUCCCUACCUCAAAGGUCAAGGUCACACUUAGUGUUUAUUCACAAUAGAGUGCUGCAUAUAAGCAUAGAGUAUAGGUUGUCGUGUCCGGGCUGUAACUUUCCCUCGUAUGGACAGAUUUUAAAAUAACUUGCCACAUGUGUUCCACAUACCAAGACGACGUGUCGUGUGCAAGACCCGUGUCCCUACCUCAAAGGUCAAGGUCACACUUAGUGUUUAUUCACAAUGGAGUGCUGCAUAUAAGGACAUAGAGUAUAGGUUGUCGUGUUCGGGCUGUAACUUUCUCUUGUAUGGUCAGAUUUUAAAAUAACUUGCCACAUGUGUUCCACAUACCAAGACGACGUGUCGCCUGCAAGACCCGUGUCCCUACCACAAAGGUCAAGGUCACACUUAGUGUUUAUUCACAAUGAAGUGCUGCAUAUAAGGACAUAGAGUAUAGUUUGUCAUGUCCGGGCUGUAACUUUCCCUUGUAUGGACAGAUUUUAAAAUAACUUGCCAAAUGUGUUCCACAUACCAAGACGACGUGUCGCGUGCAAAACCCGUGUCCCUACCUCAAAGGUCAAGGUCACACUUAGUGUUUAUUCACAAUCGAGUGCUGCAUAUAAGGACAUAGAGUAUAGGUUGUCGUGUCCGGGCUGUAACUUUCUCUUGUAUGGUCAGAUUUUAAAAUAACUUGCCACAUGUGUUCCACAUACCAAGACGACGUGUCGCCUGCAAGACCCGUGUCCCUACCUCAAAGGUCAAGGUCACACUUAGUGUUUAUUCACAAUGGAGUGUUGCAUAUAAGGACAUAGAGUAUAGGUUGUCGUGUCCGGGCUGUAACUUUCUCUUGUAUGGACAGAUUUUAAAAUAACUUGCCACAUGUGUUCCACAUACCAAGACGACGUGUCGUGUGCAAGACCCGUGCCCUACCUCAAAGGUCAAGGUCACACAUAGUGUUUAUUCACAAUGGAGUGCUGCAUAUAAGGACAUAGAGUAUAGGUUGUCGUGUCCGGGCUGUAACUUUCCCUUGUAUGGACAGAUUUUAAAAUAACUUGCCACAUGUGUUCCACAUACCAAGACGACGUGUCGCCUGCAAGACCCGUGUCCCUACCUCAAAGGUCAAGGUCACACUUAGUGUUUAUUCACAAUGGAGUGCUGCAUACAAGGACAUAGGGUAUAGGUUGUCGUGUCCGGGCUGUAACUUUCCCUUGUAAGGACAGAUUUUAAAAUAACUUGCUACAUGUGUUCCACAUACGAAGACGACGUGUCCUGUGCAAGACCCAUGUCCCUACCUCUAAGGUGAAAGAUACACUAAGUGUUUAUUCACAAGGGAAUUCUGAAUAUAAGGACAUAACAGUGUAGGUGGUCAAGUAUGGGUGGUAUUUUUUUUAUGUUCAGAGGAAAUUUAAAAUAACAUGCCAUAUGUAUUUGACACAUAAAGGCAAGAUCAACUUUUCAUGUACUGACCUUGUUCGUAGGUCAAUGUCACAUUCGGGGGCAUUCGUCACAUACUGUGACAGCUCUUGUUUACAUUUAUUCCUAUUAAAGCCACACUCUGCUUUGAACAGUAUGUUUGCUUACAUGUAUAAGUUCACAAAGAAACUUAAUUUCUGUCUGUCUACAGCAAAACCGUGAUUAGAAAAAAAUAACCGUUCAAAUUCAAAAGUAUGUUCACUUAACCUGUAAAACUAAACAUGUCAAAAUUCCUAUAUAAUCAUGAAUUGUGUUGAACGUGGCACAUAACCACAAUUCAUGAUUCUAUCGGAAUUUUGAAUAUAUUAAAAAAUGGUGGAGUCAGUACUGGUUCAGCCCAGGAAAGUUGUAUCCAGUAUAACUUUGUUCCAAGCAUUCGGAACUCCUCGGUCAUUUUCCAUCGGAAACAAUAUCAAAUGUUUUCUGGUACAUUAUAAGAAGUAUAAGUAUUAAUUAAUUGAAGUGUUAAAACGUGUAUUGUGUAUUACUAAGACUAAAUUGAUUGUCAUUGAAGUGUAACAUUGCAUGAAUAUUUAUGAAUCCCAAGAGUAAAGUCAUUAAGUUUAACUGCUAAAUUGAAAUUACUACGCGGUCUACUUGCAGCGUAGUUAGUGUUUAGAUUACUGACAUUGUAAACCGACAAAACCGUCCAUAUACAUGUGAGGUUGUUUUCGAUGGAAAAUGGCCGUGGAGUUCCGAAUGUUUUCCAAGGUGUAACCUUUUUCUUUCAGCAUUUAUUCAUUACUAUUUAUAAGUACAAACAGCAUGUAACACUAGUCUAGUUUGACAUGGUAAAAGCCUAGAAAAAUUAUGGAAAGUAAUUAUUGAUUUACUGAAAAUAAAAGUACAAAUACUA